UAAAAUUUAAUUGCGUUUUUGUAACUGACAGUGCACCAAAUACUCUCAUAUAUACCAAUUUACCAAAAAAUUUGAAAAUAGCUGUAAUAGCUGGUCUGUCCUCCAGCUGUGCUUAUAGCUGCAACACAUCAGUUCCAUGAGAACUGAUAGAGCUGGACAGAGAUGCGAGUCAUGUUGCCUCCUGUUGCCUGAACUGUAUUUUCGUCUGGUGAUUAUUUCUCAAAGCUCCCUGUCAACUUUUGAGGCUGUCUACAAUGGAAUACUAUGCAGGUCUGCUUUUGCCAUCAGUGGUGCACCAGACACUUACACUGAUCCUUUUCCGCAGAUCUGGUCUACGUUGGACAGGUCCCUUCUGGAAUAUGCCAAUAUUUGAUAGCCAAUUUUUAUUCACAGAUAUUUCUCUAACAUGAUAUUGUUCUUAUAAUAUCUUUUCCCACUUUUUGCUAUCAUUAACGAGUGUUUCCAUUUCAUAUCGAUGGUUUUAUCUUGCAUUACAGUCCAUUAAUAAGGAGCUAUCAGGUAGUCAAUAAAGGCAGGCAUUGAGUGUGUGUACAUACAGUGUGACCUCGAGAGUUCUGCACUGUUUAGGGGAAAAACAAUGGGCGUUGGAAAAAGUGAAGAUUGUGGGUUUGUGAGUAUCUCUGCUCUAAUGGGUAACAGCUGAUAAGAUAUGGCUGGUGGUGUUGGGUAUAUAACAGUGUUCCGAGUCCAGUUUUGGUUUAUCCGCUGAAGCAGUUGGACCAUACAGGACUAACGAUGAAGUGGCUGAUUGUUGCUCUGGCCUGCUUGACCCUUUCUGAGGGACUUGUCAGAAUCCCUCUGAAGAGGUUCAAGUCGAUCCGUGAGCAGAUGAGAGAGAGUGGAAAGUAUCUCCCCUACUCUGACCCGGGUCUGAAGUACCAGCACUAUUACUCCUAUGCCACCUCUGCCAACGAGCCCCUUGCCAACUAUGCUGAUAUGUCAUACUAUGGAGCCAUCAGCAUUGGCACCCCCCCUCAGUCCUUCUAUGUCCUGUUUGAUACUGGAUCAUCCAACCUGUGGGUGGCCUCUGUGUACUGCAACAGCCAAGCUUGCACAAACCAUCCCACCUUUGACCCUUCUAAGUCCUCCACAUAUUCCAGCACUGGGCAGACGUUCUCCCUGCAGUAUGGUACUGGGAGUCUCACUGGUGUGUUUGGCUAUGACACUGUCUAUAUUCAGGACAUUGCCAUCACCAACCAGGAGGUGGGCCUGAGCACCAACGAGCCUGGUACCAACUUUGUGUACGCCCAGUUCGACGGCAUCCUGGGCCUGGCGUACCCCCAGCUGUCAGCCGGGGGAGAGACCCCUGUGAUGGACACCAUGAUGCAGGAGCACCUGCUGCAGUACAACCUCUUUGCCUUCUACCUCAGCAGGGAUGAGCAGCAGGGUAGUGAGGUGACGUUUGGAGGUGUGGACUCGAGCAGAUACAGUGGUCAAAUCUACUGGGCUCCAGUGACCCAAGACCUGUACUGGCAGAUCGCUAUUGAUGGAUUCCAGAUCAACAACCAGGAGACUGGGUGGUGCAGUCAGGGCUGCCAGGCCAUCGUGGACACAGGCACCUCUCUUCUUACCUGCCCUCAGCAAUACCUGGGCUACCUGCAGCAGUACAUUGGUGCUCAGGCCAACCAGAAUGGGGAGUACAUCAUCAAUUGCAACAACCUGUCUAACAUGCCCACUAUCUCCUUCACCAUCAAUGGAGUGAACUUUGCCCUCCCUCCCUCUGCCUACACCAUUGUGCGAAACCAGAAUGGAUACCAGUACUGCACCAGUGGCAUCAUGGGUACCUACCUGCCAUCCCAGAACGGCCAGCCUCUGUGGAUCUUGGGAGAUGUGUUCCUUAGGGAGUAUUACUCCGUCUAUGACAGGCAGAACAACAGAGUUGGAUUCGCCGCUGCUGCCUAAGCUGACCUGCCCUUCAUCUCUCCUCCCUAAAUCUCUCUUCCACGUGCCCAGAUUACAACACAUUCUCUCCCCAUCUCUCCCUGUCCCUCUGGAGGUGUGAACAGCACCCUGUCCACUUUUGAUAAUCUCAUACCUGAGACUGCGAGUCCCUUAAAUACCCUUACAUCAUGGUGCAAUGCACAGAGAACCUGCGUACUUGGAAAGGAGCAGCCGAAUUCUCAUGGGUUUUUGGAACAAGUCGGUGUCCUACUCUGAGUCUUUGUGAUGUCCCCAAUGGUACCCGCUUACCUGACAGUACUGAAGGUUGUUGUCCUGGGGAUACUUUUAGAAUUGUGUAGCCAAUACUAUGGACUUCCCACAUCAGAAGUCUCCAUUAGUAUCCUGUGUUGAUUAAUUUAAAUUGUUUUUAACCAAAAACAGUGUGUUGUAAAGUGUAUGUGAUCAAUUUAAUCAUUCUAACAUAAAAUUCAGAUUUCAAAUGAUCUAUCAACUCUCUUGUAAUCAGCUUUGAAGUAACUGUAUAAUAGGUCAGUGUAAUAAAUAGUUUUUCCAACUA